GCUUUCCACACCGUGCCGUGCCGAGAGCGGCUUGGCCGUCCUUCUGCCUGCGCUUCUCAGAUCGGAGACUCCAGACGCGCAGCGCGGUGUCAGACAGAGCGCACAGAGCGCCAGUCCCUCAGAUUUUUAUCACACAGGGGAUCGUAUACCUUUCAUUCCGGGAGACGCGGCAAGUUGAGUAGCCGUGACCGCAUCUGCUACUCGAGGCAUAGGCGUUUGUUUCCGCCGCACGAUAACAAAGAAGACGGAGAGGAGCUACCGAGCUCGAGAAAGACAAAUGUUGAAUGGCAUAGUAAAGACAACCUAAAGACCUGGGGGCCGUCAUUCUCACAGAGUGGCGGCUACAUCAUCUGGCUAAGGAAUGGUUCGCCUUUUCCUGCUUUUGACUCACUGAUGGCCAAAGAAAUACAGUAGGACCUUUGCAGAAUAAACUUUCCAAACCUCUGGAUUGUUCUGAAGGGAUAAGCUAUGAAGAUCAAACAAAAUCACCAACGGUAAAAUCAGUUGGCCUUUUCUCAGUUUUCUUCAGGAUUCUGCUUCAGGAGGCAAAACUAGUCAUGGCUUUUCAAAGAACUGGACGAUAGAAGAGCUUUCUUGGCAAAAACCUUCAAUAGAGUAAUUUUUGGACAGCUUUGUAUUAAACCACCACAUUAAACACGCACCAACCACUGGAAGUGAAAUGGCUAGAAGGGAAAUCAGAAGCACAGCAAGAAGUAAAAAUGACAAAGUCAAGAAUGGGUAGGAACCAUCACUCUUUAAGGGCAUGUUCCUUAAUGCCAUUGUAUCCCUGUCUCCCCUUAGUUUCUCCACUGAUGAUUGAGUCAAUCUAGAAACAUCUGUUGCUUGAAAGACAUUUUCCAAAGUCUGUUUGUUUCACUACAUUAGGUCAUAAUUAUAAAAAUAAAAAUAUAAGAGACUCUAUAAAGCGUGGCAGAUAUUAUAGAAUCAGAAUGACCGACCACAUUACAAAACACACAGGUACUCUGCGGGUGGUAGGAAUCCAAUAUGCUCCAUGACCUGCUCUGUAUUCAGCAGAUAACUUCAGAUUUAUUUGUGAUCCCAUGGAUUAACUUUGAAGUCCUCACACAAAGACAUUUUAAGUUUGUCCUGGUGGAGUUUUAUUUGGUAUACAACGACAAGCAACACACUCUUCCUAUCUGCACACCUCUUGUAUAUUACAUGUAGACCCAGGCCGGAUUUCUUUCUUUUUUUUUUAUUUUACUAUUUUGUUUUUGUCAAAAUGGCUCUUUUUUGGACAGCAGGGGCUUGGACACUGUUAGCAGCAUUGGGACUUCUAAACUGCUGUAGUUUUGGCUGGUGUGAGUCCUCAAGGACUAGUGGUUCAAACUCAGGAGGGAGCAAAAAGGAGGAAGGACCCUCGUCACUUGAACGGGUUAAGAGAGGAUGGGUGUGGAACCAAUUUUUUGUGGUGGAGGAGUACACGGGCACAGAGCCACUAUAUGUGGGAAAGAUCCAUACAGACUCUGAUGAAGGUGAAGGCAACAUCAAGUACACUAUCUCUGGAGAAGGGGCGGGCUCCAUCUUCAUCAUUGAUGAGCUAACAGGAGACAUCCAUGCAACAGAGAGACUGGACCGAGAGGAGAAGGCCUUUUACACGCUAAGGGCUCAGGCACGGGACCGGCUCUCCAACGACCCACUGGAACCAGAAUCAGAGUUUGUCAUCAAGGUCCAGGACAUCAACGACAGUGAGCCAAAGUUCUUGGAGGGUCCCUAUAUCGGCAGCGUGGCAGAACUGUCACCCAUAGGAACAUCCGUUAUGAAGGUUACUGCAUCAGAUGCUGAUGACCCUACAUACGGCAGCAGUGCCAGAGUGGUGUACAGCGUACUGGAUGGAGAAAAGUUUUUCACUGUUGACAGACACACAGGGAUCAUCAUGACAGCAGUGGCAGAUUUGGACCGUGAGACGCAGGAUCGUUACGAGUUGGUCGUCAAGGCAACAGACAUGGCAGGACAAAUGGGCGGUCUCUCAGGCUCCACCACGGUGACCAUAGUGAUCACAGACGUUAAUGACAACCCACCGCGCUUCCCACAGAAGAUGUACCAGUUCUCGGUGUCAGAGGGGGUGGCUGUGGGGACACCAGUUGGACGCGUCAUUGCUACGGAUGCAGACAUGGGAGAGAACACAGAUAUGAGCUAUCUGAUCAAAGAGGGUGGGGAGCUCUUCAAGGUCUCUACUGAUGUUGAGACACAGGAAGCUAUAGUCUCCAUCAAGAAGUCGUUGGACUUCGAGACCAAACGCACACACAAUGUUGUGGUGGAGGCAAUCAAUAAGCAUGUUGACCCUCGCUUCGUGGACCUCGGGUCCUUCCGAGACCAGACCAUUGUCCGAGUCAGUGUGUCAGACAUAGAUGAGCCACCCAUCUUUCAGCCAGCAGAAGGCGCUAUCAUGGAAGUGCGGGAGGAUGCCAAAGUAGGAGCGGAGGUUGGCGUCAUCACUGCCAGGGAUCCAGAUGUGAAGAAUAAACCUGUCAGGUUCUCCAUCGAUCGGACAACAGACCAGGAGAUGAUCUUCCAUAUCAAUCCUGUUUCGGGUGCCAUCACACUAGGCAAGAUUCUGGACCGAGAGACCGCAGGCUGGCACAAUAUAACUGUGAAGGCUGUAGAAGCAGAUAACCACACCAUGGUGUCUCACUCAGCAGUGAGUAUUCGGAUUCUGGAUGUAAAUGACAAUCCUCCUGAACUGGCCACACCAUAUGAAGCCUCAAUAUGUGAAGAUGCCAAACCAGACCAGCUAAUUCACACCAUCAGUGCGGUGGAUAGAGACGAGCCACAGUCUGAACAUCACUUCUUCUUCACCUUGGACCCUGAAGCCUCCAGCAAUCGACACUUCAUCCUGCGGGAUGCCAAAGACAACACAGCUGGCAUCCGAACCCAGCGGUCAGGCUUUAACCGCUAUGAGCAGAAUGUGUACUUCCUGCCUAUCCUGGUGGUUGACAAAGGGCCUCCCUCCCUCAGCUCCACGGGCACCCUGACCAUUCAUGUUUGUGGCUGCGACACAGAGGGAGCCAUCCAGUCCUGCAAUGCCACAGCCUAUGCAAUGAGUGCUGCUCUCAGCCCUGGGGCACUUAUAGCACUGCUGGUCUGCAUGCUCAUCCUUAUAGUGCUUGUCUUGCUGAUCCUGACCCUGAAACGCCACAGGAAGGGCCAGAGGAUGGCGGAGGAUGAGGAGGAUAUGAGGGACAACGUCAUAAAGUACAAUGACGAGGGUGGAGGAGAGCAGGACACUCAGGCAUACGACAUGAGUGCCCUGCGGAACCUCUAUGACUUCCCUGAAGCCAAGAGCUGUGACUCUGGCUCGGACAUCCGCUCACUGCCGCAGUGGAUACAGGCUAGCCGGGUGAGUGCUGGUGCAGAGGGAGCUGCAGCAGCGGCAGCUGACUUCUCCCUAUUCAAAGGCUACAUCCGAAAGAAGGUGGAACAGGCAGAUGCUGACCUGUCAGUACCACCGUACGACUCCUUCCAGACUUACGCCUUUGAGGGCACCAGUUCACCAGCGCUUUCACUCAGCUCCAUCCACACUCUGUCCACCACGUCGGAGCAGGAUUUUUCCUACCUCAGCGACUGGGGACCACGUUUCAGGCAACUCGCAGGUUACUAUGCUCCAGGAAACCCUGAAGAGGAAGGGUCCUAGCACAGCUUCUCCUCUGCAGAGAGACUUUUAAACUCCCUCCUCCUGUUUCUUUUUCUCUGCCUCCUCUACUCACCCUCUGGCACUCUACUGAGAUCAUCAGAGCCAGCACUGUGUACUCCUUAAAGACAGAGCGCCACUUCUUUAUUUCUUUGAAAGAAAAAUCACAGAGAGUCGAACUUUGACUUCUGACACUGUUUUUUGUGAGUUUUCGGACUUAAGCAUGAAAGCUCUGGCGAUGACAUGAGAAAGAGUAAAGAAAGAGCUAUCCAGUCCCCAGAACUGAUAUUUAGUCUGAAGGACUACGAGAGAGCUAUGAGUUCAGAGUAUCAACAUUACGUAGGUAGGGGUUUAAUCAUGCCAAGGCAAACUGUCUAACAAACAUGUAUUUAUUUGAGGAGGAAAUAUUUAUGUAUUUAUUUGUUUUUAUGUAGUUAUUUAUUUAUUUAUUUACAUCAUGAUCACUAUGGUAACUGCAGUGAACUCUGCUGAAGUGCUAAAGUAAAAGUAAAGGGAGGAGGACAUUAUGAAAAGAAUGAGAGAUAACAUGCAUGGAAGACAGAAGGAAAGAAGGACUGCAGUGGCCAGAAAAUACUGGUGCGGAGGUGAAAUCUGGGUCAUAUAAAAAUUACGUUCUAGAAAAUAUUUGUAUUUAUUUUCUAUGACCACUUUUGUAAAAUAACCAACUUAAGACAGAUAGAUGAAAAGCAGAGGCAAAUAGAAAGAGUGCAGGCAUUGCAGAAGAAAAGAGCUGCCAGUUCAAUCUGAAUGGUUGAGACUGACAUACAUUUGCUGUAUUUUAGUGAUUUAUAAAGUGUUUUUUGGAGGUCACAAAAUGAGGACAAUUGCGUGUUAACAAUUUCUUUUCAUACCCUCUCCACAGCCAAUUGUAAGGCAAUAAGGCACAAACCGCAACAGUGAUUUAAGAAAAAUUACUGUUUCAUGGAAUUGGCUGGUGGCCAGCUUUGUCCUCCAGGGAGCCAAUUUUCAUUCCAGAUUUGUGUGUGAAUGUGUACUAUAUGUUCAAUUCAUUUUAUAUCCUGAAACAUUUGAUUUUGCUUUGGGGGAGGGAGGGGCAAUUAGUGACAACAGGAUGGUUGUGUCUAACUGAGAGGGAGAGGGUUAAUGGACUGGUCACAUCCACCUGAUAUCCACAACCUUUUCAAUGUUGACCUUAACUUGCAAAUGUAUGGAAAAUUUUAAAAAACAUGAAAACAAAUAAAUAUUUAAUUUUUUUGGUAAAAUCCUACAUUUCGCUGUGUGUAAUAAACUACAUUAUACUCGGUGAAUUACUCCAUAAGUGAGAUCACAGUGAUAAAGUAAAUAGAGCAUCUGUAUUACUAAUUUUUGUUUGCCACUUGCUGAAUAUGUCUCCUGAAUUAUGAAUAAUUGUGGAGCUAGCUUGUGUUUACACCAGGGGUAGAUUCAGAGAAUGGUCUUAGAUGGAAACAAACAGACCAUAUGACAGGCCACAGCCAAACAAAGACUCUCCUCUCAGCGUGGCUCCCUCCUGGCUGCCUUCUGCCAUACUACUGUAAUUGUCGUAGUCACCAGAGGAUGCUGAGGCAGAUGAAGUUGCUUUCAUCUUUAUGAUCUGCUGCUAAAAUGGCCAGUCAGACAGUGGCUGGGAAUCACUUUCAAUUGCUUUCACAACUGGGUUUUAAAGAAUAUGUCAGCUUUUUUCCCCAGUCAUUAGUAGGUCUACUGUAUCCACUGAUUUCUGAGAGCUGUCAUUGUACUGUGUUUCAAACAUAAAUUAUCCAUCACUGCUAAACAAAAAGAAGCUUUCUAGACUUUAACUGUUCUGUUAUGGAUGAAGUGGCUGCAACUUGGAAAAAUACAAAGUAGUGCAGCUGUCACAGACUUUUUGUCUGUACAACCAAAGGAGUGAUGCCACAAUAAAGAAAUGCAGGUUUUGCUAAUUUUACAAGAGUGUCGCAAUCAUAGUGUGAUAACAAAUUUGCAAUUUAGGGUUUUACUUAUAAUAUGCUUAUAAAAAUCUGA